AUGACCGGCGUGCUGGAGAGCCUGGCGCCGGACAUGCACGCUGCGCACAUCUCCGCGGGCACCUACCAGCCGCACGGCGGCCUGCACAAGCCGCAGGAGUCGCCCACGCUGCCCGUGUCCACCGCCACCGACAGCAGCUACUACACGAACCAGCAGCACGGCGCGGCCRCCGCGCCGCCCUACGGCCCCGUGGGCUCCUACCCCUACGCGGGCGGCGGCGCCGCCCCCUACUCCGCCAAGGCCGGCUACGACGUGGGCUACGCGGGCGCGUACGGCUCGUAUGGGCCCUACGGCUCCAGGGCCUCCCCAGCCAACAACGACCCUGCAGAGAAGGAAGACUGCGAGCCCGAGAUCCGCAUGGUGAACGGGAAGCCCAAGAAGGUGCGCAAGCCCCGCACCAUCUACUCGAGCUUCCAGCUCGCCGCGCUGCAGCGGCGCUUCCAGAAGACGCAGUACCUGGCGCUGCCCGAGCGCGCGGAGCUGGCCGCGUCCCUGGGCCUCACGCAGACACAGGUGAAGAUCUGGUUCCAGAACCGCCGCUCCAAGUUCAAGAAGAUGUGGAAGAGCGGUGAAAUGCCCGCGGAGCCCGCGCCGCGCCGCAGCGCCUCGCCGCCCCCCGCCUCGCCCCCCGCCUGGGACUUCGCUCCGCACCCGCGCACGGCGGGCGGCGCGGGCACCGCCAGCCCCGGCGCCGCCGCCGCCUUCCUCGGCAACUACUCGUGGUACCCGACGGCGGCCGCCCCUCUCCCGCAGCCCCCGCACCCCCAUGGCGGCGGCGGCGGCCUCUUCUAG